UCAAGGUCAGCGUCACAGUUUAGUGGGAGGACCAUGGCAAUCCUCUUACAAACGACAGCGGCUACACUUGUUGCUGGCAUUGUAGGUGCGUUCUUGUUCUUCCGUUUGCGCCAGACUCAUGCAACACUAUUGCCAUCGAAGCAGAAUGACUUGCAUCUCCUGUAUCCCCGUUUCAUCCUGCUCGAAGCAUUGUCCGAUCAGAUCCAUAAACUACCUUCCCUUGUGUCACGCAAUGAAUGGUAUCCCUUUGUUUCUCACUUCACUUCCAUUCUUAACAAGAUUCUCGAGCAUGAAAGAAACACUAGUGCUAGCAAAGUUGAUGCUGAUAAGCUGCUCGACAAUGAUCCUGUUGAGGACGACCAAAGUGUUGAUCCAGCCCAUGUUGCAAAGUUGUCUGAAGCCAUUGACCAGCACUUGGUGACUUACCUCCAGUCUAUGCCCGAGAUCUCUUGUUUAGUGGAGGGCUACUUGCCUCAACGUGGUCAAUCAUGGAUGGAGUUUUUAAAUACAGCAGUUGAUCCCCAGGAACUAGAACCGGCAAUAAACACAAAGCUAUACAAUGAAGCUGAGAUAAUGAAGGCCUGCAUUCAGCUUGUAAAAGGUAUGGUAGAACGAAUCAAGGGAUACAGGGUUCGAGACACAAGGCGAGGAACUGUCAACAUUAACGAGCUGCCACCUCCGGCUAGAUACAGGGUUGAGAAAGUUUUAUAUGCCACUGACAGGCAAGUCACCGAAGACUGUGAGUACUUGGGAUCACGAAGGAAAGCUCCUGGCCAGGCAUUGGAUAAUGAAAGUGACGACAAUGAAGGUGACGACACUGAGGUUUCAGAUAUAGAGGCUGCUACUAAUUCUUCUGAAACUUCACGUUCAAAUAUGAAUGGUGCAUUACACUAUGGCGUAGUUCUUGUUGGUGUGCCAUCCGAGCACCACAAAGGCAAGGUUGAGGAACCUGAAUCCGACGAAGAGGCAAGCCCACUGUCUCAUGUGGUGAUAUUAGCAAUAGACACCACGGUACAGAACUCAGAACAGGGCUUUGUACAAAUGGUCAGAAGCGAGAUGCUGGAGAAUAAAAAACUUGGUGAGGAUGGCAACGAGGUUCUGCUCUAUAUCCACGGGUACAAUGUCAGAUUCAAGGAUGCCGCAAAAAGAGCUGCUCAGGUGAAAUGUGAUAUUCAGUUUCAAGGGGCAUUGAUCUGCUAUAGCUGGGCUUCAAAGGGCAGCCUCUUCGGCUACAAGCACGAUGCUAAGGCUGUCAAACAAACAGUGGACAGUCUAGCCAAGUUCCUCCGUUUGUGCUUCACCAAGCUAGGUGCAACCAAGGUGCACAUCCUAGCUCAUAGUAUGGGAAACAGAGCAUUGAUCGCUGCCCUGGACAAAGUACUAACUGAUGUUGAAACAGCUGCUCCCUUGAGGAACGUCAUAUUGGCUGCAGCAGAUGAACGGAGGAGAUGCUUUGAAAAAUUGGUGGACAGUGCGGCCAAACACAAGCAAGGGCCACAUUUCACAGUCUACUGUUCCUUUGUGGACGUUGCGCUCCGUGCCUCAAGAGCUGCCAACUGGAGGACUCCCCUGGGAGACAUCCGCAGUUACUUGCAGUUGGAUGAUCAAAGCUUGUUGAAGCUCAAAAAUGUGGAUACCAUUGACGUGACUGGCAUGGACUUGAACACGCUGCAUCACUCUUACUAUGGAGACGUUCCUGAGGUGUUACAAGACAUUCAGCAGCUCUUGAAGUUCAACUAUGGUGCUAAACAAAGAGCAGGGCCCCGCAAUUCUGAAGGACUCAUUAAAAAUGUCACCUAUAGAGGUAAGCAGUUUUAUGCUUUCAAACCCAGCUUCUGGAGCCGUUGACUAUAUCACCCCGA